AUGAAAGACAAUGCUCUCUCUACUCCCUGUCUCCGUUCUCACGACCUCUCCCGUUUCAUACAGCCUAAGGUGGGGCUCGGGGGUAGCAGCGCUGUUGAUAAGAGUUUAGUGACGGCGGAUGGCGAGAUAUUUCGUUUGGUACAGCAACUGCCGACCCUGUGUCGCGAGGAUGCUGACUGUGGCAGCGCUUUCCGUCUCAUUGUUCCCUCUGACGUGGAUCUAAACUCCGCCUGCCUUGAUCCCUCUUGGUUCGUCAACAUCGUAGUCACCCUAACGGAUCGUAAUGGGAGUGUCAUCUACCACGAGGCACACUUUCCGAGGAACCCGUCGCUUAGAGACGGCAUCAAGAACUUUGUUGAUGUGCGCUGGGGCGACUACGUUCAUGAGCCCGACGCUGACAUCUGGAAUCAGCAUUUAAUUGAAGCUUUUGCUGAGGCGGAUCGCUGGCGUUCAGUUCGGCUCUCGGUUAGCCACUCACCACCCGCCUCGGAGAAUGGAGCGGGUCAACAGCGAAGACGCCGUGUGAGUUCAGGUGGGGUGCCGCAACCUCAGCAGCAGGUCGUCUCGACGACCAGCAGACUGAGCCCCGAUAUUGCCGAGGCGGCCAUGGAAGAGGCUCUCCAACGACGUUUUGUCGUCUGUCCAAUCUAUCGCGCUCGUUGGGGUGGGUCUGGCGAUGUCUUCUACUUCAAGACAAUUAGUCUGCCGUUUCUGCGAAAUCAAGGAGAUGGGGGUGCUGAGGAGAAGUCGGUGUCUUCACUGAACAACGAAACUACUAACGUGUUCUCGCCGACCUCUUCUUUUGAAAACUUGCUCCUUCUUAACUACCAUUGCAUUCUCGGCAAAGCCUCAGGGGACGCAAUGUCGGGUCCGCCGGCCUCUGAUGACGACCAAAUUUUCGAUGCAGUGACGUUGCGUGUUGGAGAAAAGGCGACGGGUUUCUCAUCUGGUCCGCCUUACCCACUAGCCGGCCUCAAGCCCACUCUACCUCACCAACAGUCGACCGAUACCAACCCUCCUGUCUCGCUAUUCUCUUCCACCGAACACUCGAGUCCCACGUUCUGCUUUGAAACUAUGAAUAGAAACGAAAAUUGUGAAAAUUUCGCAAGCUCGACUCCACAUCACAGCCGGCUGCCACCGCUGACACGUUGCUAUGAACACGUGGACCAAUCGGAUCCCUACGUGUUUGUUGACCCACCGAAAGCGCUAUGCUGUGAGGGCAGGCAACAGAUUUAUCCCUGCUCCACAGUAGGGCAUGUCACCCCGGGAGCACGAAUCUCCUAUUCAAGUGCCCACUUGGCUCCUGUCGACAUCGAUUGGAUCGAUCAAUCCCAACCAAUUGAGUAUCACGAGUGCGCAGCACUAAACCAGAACUCGCACCUGCAAUAUUCGCACCAGCGACAGCAUUUUAAUCAGCGUACACAGCAGCAAAACUACUCAGGAAUGCCCCCUUAUCACCCGUCUAAGGCCUCUCGCAGCUUGUUUUCCAAGGUCCGAUAUGCGGUUGGCAUUGUUCUGGCGAGUUUGUCCGGUAGCAGCGCAACUGGCUUGGGGUCAGGAUGUUUGUGGUGGAAUCUUGUGCGCCGACUGCAGUUGGGCUUUGUAGCCAGUGUCUAA